GAAAAAACGUACCAGCAUAGUGUGAGAACUCCAGUAUAUAUAAAGGGCAUUUCUAUUCUUCUAUAGUGUCUGUUUAGCUAGUGAGGGAAAAAUGAUAGCGGAAUGUGGUAUAUUGUUCGCACUUGUUCUCACGCUUUCUCUUAAUCCGGUACCUCUUGUUCAUGCGCAGGAUGAUAAUCCGCCAGGCUUUUUAAGCAUAGAUUGUGGAUUAGCGAAAGGUUCUGACUAUAAAGAUGUUACAACGGGACUAUACUUCAAAUCGGAUGCAAACUUGAUUGACAGUGGUGAGAGUAAGAAUUUGUUACCUUCUGUCACUAGCGACACCGUAGAAAAAUACUUGUCCAAUGUCAGAAGCUUUCCUCAGGGAAAGAAAAACUGUUACACCAUUAAACCUGCACUCGGGAAAGGUAACAGGUAUCUGAUAAGAGCAAGUUUCAUGUACGGAAACUAUGAUUCGUUGAACCAAUUCCCAGCAUUUGAUCUCAAUCUGGGAGCAGACACCUGGAGCAAUGUCGUAAUUACAGGAAAUUUGUCAGUUGUGAGGAAAGAGAUCAUGCAUAUUCUCUCUUCAGAUUAUAUUCAUAUUUGUCUAGUAAAGACGGGUACUACGACACCCUUCAUUUCUGCACUAGAGUUGAGGCCUGUCAGCAGUACCAGUUCCAUCUACAAAACAACGUCUGGAUCCUUGCAAAACCUUUAUCAUGUAGAUUGCGACACUACAAGUCCUACUACUGCAAUCAGGUACAAAGAUGAUAUUUAUGAUCGAAGAUGGUUUCCCUUUAACUGGACUGGCACAGGAGCAAGUACGAAGCUAGACAUAAAUAAUGUAAACGGUUACAGAGUACCAGUGGAUGUGUUGAAGACUGCCAGCAGCCCGGACAAUGCCAGUGAACCCUUUCUGUUCUCUUGGGACACGACGGAUGCCAGUGAUCGAUUCUAUAUGUACCUGCACUUUGCUGAAGUUGAAAAACUAGAAGCCAAUCAAUCCAGAGAAUUCAAUAUCUACGUGAAUGGAAAACUUUGGAACAGUGAAUUGGUUGUUCCAAAUUAUCUAACUGUCACAACCUAUUACGCAGAAGCACCCCAGACAGGUAACACUGAGUAUAUAGUAUCACUGAACAGAACCGAAGAUUCAACCCAUCCACCUAUUAUCAAUGCCUACGAAAUUUAUUCUGUUAAGGAUUUUUCAACGUCAGCAACAGAAGAGACUGAUGUUGCUGCCAUACUUAACAUCAAGUCUCAGUAUGGAGUGACAAGAGAUAGCUGGCAAGGAGAUCCAUGUGAACCAGAAGACUUUAUUUGGGAAGGUCUAAAAUGCAUAAACCAUAGUUCUGAUUCCGCCAGGAUAACAACAUUGAAUUUGUCCACGAGUGGACUGACCGGAGACAUAAUUUCUUCUAUAGGCAAUCUCACAGAAUUAGAAACUUUGGAUCUAUCUAACAAUAACUUAAGCGGACCAGUACCAGGAUUCUUAUCGCAGUUGGCUUCACUACGUGUGCUGAACAUCAAAGGAAACAACUUUAGUGGACCAAUUCCAGCUCAACUCCUGGAAAACAAAAGCAAAGGAAUUCUAUCAUUAAGUUUUGACGGUCCUGGAAAUGACACAAAUACUAACGGAAAUGACACAAAUACUGAGUUAUGUGGGACGGAACCAUGCAAAAAGAAGAGCAAUAAGACGAUUCCUGUAGUUGUUGGCUCUGCAAUUGGUGCAGUUUUAUUGUUAGCCGCAAUAGUUUUUGGCACAUGGUUACUACGAAAAAGAAUAUUACGAGAUAGGAAAACGGGUAACCAAACACAAGUAAAUAUCGGUGACAUGGAGAAAAGGAACAGACAAUUUACAUACUCCGAAGUCUUGAACAUCACUGGAAACUUCCAGAAAGUGCUUGGGAAAGGAGGCUUCGGCACAGUGUACCAUGGCUAUGUAGGUGAUACUGAAGUUGCUGUGAAGAUGCUCUCUCCAUCAUCAACUCAGGGCUACAAAGAAUUCCAAACCGAGGCCAGCCUUCUGCUGAGUGUUCACCACAAGAACUUAACUGCUUUGGUUGGUUACUGCAAUGAGGAUGUGAACAUGGGAAUCAUUUACGAGUAUAUGGCUAAUCGGAGCUUAGAUAAGCAUCUCGUAGGAAAUAACGAUGGCGUUUUGAGCUGGGAGACUAGACUUCAGAUAGCAGUGGAUGCAGCACAAGGAUUGGAGUAUUUGCACCAUGGAUGCAAACCUGCAAUCAUCCACAGAGAUGUCAAAACAAGUAAUAUUUUAUUGAACGAACAAUUCCAAGCAAAGUUGGCUGAUUUUGGCUUGUCCAGAGCUUACUCCGAUGAAGGGGGCACUCACGUAUCAACCGUUGUUGCUGGCACUCCCGGCUACCUUGACCCUGAUUAUUACAUUUCAAGCAGGCUAACGGAAAAAAGUGAUGUGUUCAGUUUCGGGGUGGUUCUACUUGAGAUGAUAACAGGACAAGGAGCAAUAUUGAGAAAUGCAGAGAGGACUCACAUUACUCAAUGGGUUGAGUCCAGUGUUAAGAACGGUGAUGUUAAAGAGGUUAUCGAUCCGAGGUUCAGGGGAAAUUAUGACAUAAACUGUGUGUGGAAAGCAGUAGAAGUGGCACUUGCAUGCGCAUCUCGGAUUUCAUCUGAAAGGCCAACUAUGAAUAUGGUAGUGAUGGAUUUAAAAGAGUGCUUGGCUAUGGAGAUUGGGAGCCAUGAUGCAGAUACAAACAACUCAAUAGGAAUGGUUUCUAUAGAUCUGGACAACUCCUUGGCUCCAAGGCCAAGGUAGUUCCCAGCAUUUGUGUUGAUGUUGUGUUAAUGUAGUCAUCAUUUGAUUGCUCUGAGAAGUGUAAGUAGUUUGUUUAAAACUGUCAUAUUGGCCCUUGAGACAUUUGCAAACUCAUAUUUGCAUUAUCUUUCGAUGUUGUGUGAUUAAUAAAUAAUGAUCAAGUUGUGUGUACUUUCAUA